AUGGCCACCCUCAGUUUCACUCUUUCUAUCGUCCACGUCUUCACGGCCUGGACAAUCGGCGAGAACCGCCAGAUAACCUGCGGUCGGGGCAACCAGGUCGAGAAGCCCGCGCUGCCAACUCUUUAUCGCCGGGCCAGUCCCCUGAAGGGGCUGGCCGCCGUCAUUCUGGCGGCGGCCUGCGCGGCCUCCUUCACCCAGGCAGAGGCCGCGCCCGUCCCCGCCAAAACUUCGGCUGUCUUUGACGGCCCGCCUUUCGCUCCGGACACACUUGGCCUGGAGCCGCGCGGUCCCGCCGCCUGGGACCGCGCGCUUUGGACGCAAACGGCUCCCGUCGGCGACCCGUCCAAGGGUCAGCCGUUCACCAUCGUCGGCAGACCCGGGGCGACAGUUCGCCACCUCCGCGUUUUCCGAGACGCGAAGGACAAAUACCUUCGCGGAAUUCGCGUCACCUUUACCGACGACACCGAAAUGGUCGCCGGCGUCGAACUUUCACAGUCUAACGACUUCGACUUCGGCGACGAGGACGCCGUCAGGCGCAUGACGCUUUGGGCCUGGACCAACAAGAAGGGGGAUCGGGGUCGGGUAGGCCACAUUCGGUUCGAGACCGACAAAGCAUCCUUCGAUUACGGCAUGGGUAACCUCGACUCCAAGAGAAGUUACCCUGUCAACGUCGGUUCCGGCAAACUCAUCGGCUUCAUUGGCCGUGCCAGUGAUGGUCUUGACCUUCUCAUCCCGGUCUUCCUCAAACCUAUCUCCCGAUCAGUCAUCGACCAAGUCGAACUCGAACCAUACAGCCCAACCCAGGGUCUCAAACUCUCGACCCUCGACACUGGCAUGGCUCGGUGGAGCGGUUCUCCGUACACCGCCCACCUCUCCGGAUCGACCUCACAAACCGACUCCGUCUCCUGGACUCUCGGCUACACUCGCUCCGUCUCCGUCGGCGCCUCGAUCAAAUGGAAAUUCAUGGAUAUCUUCGAAGCAGAGGCUCAUGCUGAGUGGGGACGCUCCGAAACGCGCUCCUCCAGCCUGUCAGAAUCCACGACGCGCUCACUCACAUGGGCCAUAGAUCACCCAGUCAACGGCCCAGAUGACGAAGCUAUCUGCUUUGCCCAAGUCUGGGUUGGUGAUCUUGACCUCCACUGGACUGGCAUCCAAACCAUCGAAACCAAAGAUGGCACUGUCGGGUCCUUCCCAGUGUCUGGGACCAUGCGCCGAGUCGCACGUGGUCACGUCAUCAAGAGCUGCUCGCCUGUCAAGUCAAUCUCCUCAGGCCAGCUUGCCACCCUUAAGGACUCGGCGCGUGUCAUGACCGCCUAA